CCACGGUUGGGUCCAGCGCUUGCACGAUUCCUACCGGAAGCAGGUAGUUAUUGAUGGUGAGACCUGCUUGCUAGACAUUCUGGAUACUGCAGGGCAGGAGGAGUACAGCGCUAUGCGGGACCAGUACAUGAGAACUGGCGAAGGCUUCCUCUGUGUCUUUGCCAUUAAUAACAGCAAAUCAUUUGCCGAUAUCAAUCUCUACAGAGAACAGAUUAAGAGAGUGAAAGAUUCAGAUGAUGUGCCAAUGGUGCUAGUGGGAAACAAGUGUGACUUGCCCACAAGGACAGUGGAUACAAAACAGGCGCAAGAACUAGCCAAGAGCUAUGGGAUCCCCUUCAUUGAGACAUCAGCCAAAACAAGACAGGGUGUUGAAGAUGCUUUUUACACAUUGGUGAGAGAGAUCCGCCAGUACCGGAUGAAAAAGCUCAACAGCAGUGAAGAUGGGAAUCAAGGCUGCAUGGGAUUUUCAUGUGUUGUGAUGUGAUGAGCCACUAAGAACACCUGGUUCAGAUGUAGCUGGAGGACAAGUCUUGAUGCCACGCUAAAGCGUCCCAUGAUGAUGCCCUGCCAGUACCUUGGUGCCAGCCAAGCAGUAUAAGGUUCUUUUCUGGGCUCCAUCUGAAGAGACCGUCUGUGAACAUCUACCUCCUUGCUUGGCUAACUGAACAGAGAGAGCUCCAUCUGUUGAUGCACUGGGAUUUCUUCCCCCUCCCCUCCCCGCCUGGAUAGGUUAAAACAGAAAACUGGUCACAAGAAAAGUGAACUUUAGACACCAAAUGCUGUGAAAAAGAUGACAACAUUUUAACCUCUAGAGUAGAUGCUAGAAGUGAUGUUUGUUUCUGGCAGGGCUAUUUGAGAAAUGUCACUAAUCACUGACUGACAGGUAAAGUCAGAAAUGGUUUUUCCAUUCUUUCUUGAUACUCUGCCACCUGAUCCAGACUGGUAUCUGCUCUGUGCCCUGCACGGCCAACUCACAGCACACCCCUUAUGUCAUGCCACUGACUCCAACCCUCUAUUGAUCUGUAAUAAAAAGGAGAGAUCUUUGUUAAUUAAGUGCCUGUUUGCUAAGGAGCUUCAGAGCGUUUUUCCAGUGUCAGACUGAGGGGAAUUACCAAGGAUUCCAGUUCCCUUGGCAGCUGGGGCACUUGUAAAUGGUCGUGUCUUUGAGAAACGCACGUGCUCAAUUAAUUUCCAUGACUGAACUCUGCCUCUUCAUCUAGAGAAACUUGUUGGCCUGAAGCUCCAGUAGGCAUAUGAAGGGGCUUUCCGUGUCUAAAGACUGUGCAAAGCAAUGGAUUGGUUUUCUGUUUUGAUUUACUGGGUAGAUUCAUGUAAAUUCCAUCUAGCUCUGUCACUGUGCCCAGGGCUUCCUUCGUCUCCAGAUAGGACCAAACUAAUCAGCUGCUCUUGUGAAUGUUGGCUGGAAAUAUAUGUGGGCAGCUACUUGACAGGCAACCGCAGCAGUGAAUUAUGCCAGUUUUUGUGACUGUUAGUUGCUUAGAUGUGUCAGAAUUUUCAGUUCUGUUUUAAAACUAUUGGCCAGUCUCCUAAUCACCAAACUUCCAAUACAGCCUCUGUCGAAUGAAUCUUUGGGAAGAGUACCUGGGGGCCACACUCCAAGAGAGAGGAAUCCUGGGUUUCUUACUGGCUUGCACAAUGUGUAGUGUUUGCUCCAGACUGCAGUUCAUGCAGAACCCUCCCAAGGUGGGUGAGAAUCUAGCAGAAAAAAUAUAACACAGAAAACGGCUCUGGCUCCUGAUUAUUUCUGACUUCAGAAUCAUCUGUAGCCAGGGGUUUGCAGAAUGAGGAAGGAAAUUAAUUCAGUGAACAGCGCACAGAAGUUUUCUUGGUUUGCUGAUGGGAUUUCGGUGCUCGUUCCACCCCCAGCAGAGUCUGAGUGAAUCCUUGCACAAAUCAUGGAGAUGUUGCUAACCCUUACAAGGAAGUGUUGUAAUAGCAAAGCUGUUGUAUGUAACGGAGAAUAUGUUGGGCCCUUCAUUAGCCAGCGUUCCAUUGGUAUUGGCCUCUGUGUCCAGAUGAGCUCAAGUAGCAUGUUUCAAAGCCCAUCAUCUUCAUGGGGAAUCGCAAAGGGACGUGGCCUCCUUGCAGAGCAGGUGCCUCCUGGGUCGAUCUCUGGCUAGGCCCUUCCAGUGGUCUGGCUGGGGGUUCGGUUUAGGUCCAUCACUUGGGUCACCAUCAAAGUUUUGGGCACCAACAUGAUCACUGGUUAUGUAACAACAUUGCUUCAGAAUUUAGUUGGUCUUUCAUGCAAAUAAUAUGUUCAUAUCAAGAAAGCUGCUGAAAA